AUGAGCAUGCAAGAACCAGCUGAUUUGCCCAGAUUAAUGGACAUUGAACACAGUGGCGUUGCUAGGGAUUGUAUAUCUGUUUUGUCCACAUGGUUAAAUUUCGGUAUAAAUGAAGAUUUUGCAUUUGAUCAGUUUGAGAUUAAUCUACACAAAGCAUUACGCAAAAUUAACCUGCGCAAAGUCUUUACAAAUAUCAGUAGCCGUAAAGAACAUACUGUACUUGAAGCUCGCCAACAGUUUGACUUAUGUAUCAAAGACAAUAACAAAAAUCACCAGACAGAUGAAAUCACCACUAAGCGUCUAAUAGUCAGACGGGGACAAGAUUUCAAAGUCUAUCUGCAAAAGUCAACAAAUGGCGGUGUGCAAUUGAAAAAAGAAAAUAUAACUUUUGUGAUUGAAAGCGGAACCCCAAAACUCAGACAAUAUGGAAAGACGAAAGCCUUUGGCUUAUCAAGCAUUAACAUUAAGACCGACUGGAAUGCAUCAGUUGUCCGUGAAGACCAGGCCUUCUUAGAAGUAAAAAUCUGCUCUCCAGCAGAUGGAGUCAUUGGACUUCACACCUUAAAUCUACAUAUAUCUGAUGUUCGACAAACGAUAACCUAUUGUCUUGGGGAAUUAGUAAUCCUUUUUAAUGCUUGGUGUCCAGAUGAUGCCGUUUUCCUGCCAGAUCAAGAAGAGAGGAAAGAAUUUGUCAUGAAUGAGAAUGGUUUUGUCUUUGUUGGCAAUGCAGACUAUGUCUCUAAACGUUCCUGGAACUUUGGACAGUUUGAGGAGGACAUAAUAGACGUUUGCUUGACACUACUGGAUGAAAGCCUAGAAAGCUAUAAAAAUGCUUUAAAGGACUAUACUAUGAGAAAUGAUCCAGUUUAUGUCAGCCGAGUGCUUAGUGCAAUGAUCAACUGCAAUGAUGACAAUGGUGUAAUGUUGGGCAGAUGGGAUGGAAAAUAUGAUGAUGGAACAAGCCCUACAAAGUGGAAUGGGAGCUGCAGCAUCUUACGUCAGUGGUACUUGUCUGGGUUCAAGCCAGUGAAAUAUGGGCAGUGCUGGGUAUUUGCAGCAGUCUUAUGUACAGCACUAAGAUGUUUGGGAAUCCCAGCAAGAGUGAUAACUAACUUUGAUUCUGCACAUGACACCGAUGGAAAUCUCUCUAUUGAUGAAUAUUAUGAUGACAUGGGAAAACCAAUUUCAUCAGGUGACAGUAUCUGGAAUUUUCAUGUCUGGAAUGAAUGUUGGAUGCUACGUAAGGACUUACCUCCAGGAUACAAUGGGUGGCAAGCAUUAGAUGCAACACCACAAGAGACAAGCAAUGGAAUAUUUUGCUGUGGACCUGCUCCUGUAAAAGCCAUUAAAGAGGGAGACAUUCAUCUAAACUACGACUGCCCCUUUAUAUUUGCGGAGGUCAAUGCUGACGUAAUAAAAUGGAUUAGGAGAAAGGAUAAGACCGUAGAAAGGCUUCACCAAGACAGUACAAAAGUUGGAAAAUGUAUCAGCACUAAGCAGGUUGGAUCUAAUGGGAGAAUGGAUGUUACCAGCAAUUACAAGUAUGCUGAAGGAUCAGAAGAAGAGAGGCUUGCAUUCAAAAAAGCCCUGGACAUGAGGAACAAGCCAUCUACUGAAAACACUGGCCGCCAGGAUACUCCAGAUCCUACUCUGAGUAAAAUCGGAAUACAGUUAAGGCUCAAGUUGAAAGAGCCUCCUGUUUAUGGUCAAGACGUUCAACUAAUCGUUUUGCUAACAAAUCUGACUUCUGUACCUAAACCAAUAAAUAUCAACAUCAAUGUCCAAGCCAUAGAGAAUAAUGGUGCACACAUAAAUGCAGUAUAUCAAAAAGCAGAUUCUUUGGAGCUGAAACCCCAAACAGAACACUCCGCAGUAUACCUGGUCCCCUAUUCAUUAUACAAGGCUUGUCUUACUGACAGUAAUCUCUUAAAAGUCUCUACUGUGGCGGAACAGACUGACACACAUGAAAAACUUUUGGCUGAAAGGAAUAUCACAUUAGAUCCUCCUGAACUGAAGGUUGAGAGGCAAGGAAAUGCGAUGUUGCUGACCCCGUACAAGGUUACAAUUAGAUUUGCCAAUCCGCUAACUGAGGAACUGAGAGACUGUGGAUUUGUGAUGGAAGGCAAUGGACUGGUUCAAGGAUUCAUAAAAAAGGAUUUGGGAAAUUUAAAGCCCGGCCAUGGAUUUGCAAUCAGUGUUGAAUUGAUUCCAUAUAAAAGUGGGAAGAAGACCCUACAAGUACUUUUUGCCAGUAAGAACAUCAGCAACAUCAGAGAAUAUAUGGAGAUUACUGUUUUAUCUGUUUAAAGGAUCUAAAUGUCACAGUUUCUAAUAUUAUAGUUUACGACUUUACAGUUUGAGUCUAAUAUGAACUGUGGUUAGGGUUGGGAUAGAUACACUUAAUGCAUUGAGAAGAUAUUAUAAACUGACUGAAUAUUGAGAG